CAAAGCUUCCGUUUAGCCCCAUUAACUGGUUUUCUGCGGUUUAGAAAUGGUCCUCCCCAAUUUAGUGCCCUCAUCGAGACUCUCCUUAAGCACAGCGCUGCUCUCGCGCUCUCUUUUCUCCUCCCCCUUCCCCCUGCCGUGGGAUCGAUUUCAAAGUUGGGGCACAAAAUGUGAAGAUCACAGUUUGGGAGAAGAAGAAUUUCCUGGAAACAGCAAUGGGAGAAGAAAACAAACCCUGAGAGUGACAAUAUUUAGACAAAAGCAUACAAAGGGGAGAGUGAUUCCCGUGCAAAAAUGCUCGCUGCCGACCCAGGGGUUCACUGAACACUACUGGAUGUCUUCCCCCGCCUUUUCGACCAGAAGCCAUGUCCUUCUUCUCGGAAGUCAGCGAGUCGCUUGCCACCACCACUGGCAACGAUGCCAGGGGGUACCAAAUUACGUUAGGCUAUGGCCAUGUCUCCCCAGCCGCACCACUGCAGGGCUAAUGGAAAAAAAACUAAGCCUUUCACGGCAGGAAGCAGGACGCUUGCGUGCAUACAAGAAAGGGAUUCAAAGACAAAAAGGGGAGACAUAGUCCAGUUUGAAAUUUCAGAGGAUAGCUUUUCUUUCCUCUGAGCAGACAAAAGCUACUGCAGGUCUAAGACCUCUCUUUCUUUGAGUUCUUCUAUCUGGUGAAGCUCUAAGGAUGAAGGCCUCUAAGGUUUUUCUAAAGUUUCUCGUCUCUGCCGUGGAAGGCCUGCACCGGCAGCAGGGUGUGGGGUGAGCUGUGGGGGCUUUGUGACUCAGGGCUGCCUUGUGCCCGGAGACCACUGUGACACGGCGGCCAGCCCCCCUGGCCGUGGGGGGAUGGUGGGAGCCCUGGGGUGCCCAGUGCCAGGAGAGCAGCUCCCGCAGGAGGCAGCAUCUCCCCUGGGUGCUUUGGCACAUCUCUGCCAGAGAAUGCCAAAGACAGAGAUGGAGAACCUUGCCGAGAAUGCAAAUUCUCAGCUCCGCGAGGAGAACUCGGAGGCAGGGUGCCAAGUGAGGGAUGGGGCAGGAGGGAGAGGCUGCCGGUGGGACAGGGCUGGCACAGGGCUUGCUGGCAUUGGGGGACACCGUGCCAAGGCAGCUGCCUCCAUGCCAUACCACCUCCUGCGUUUCCUUCCCGCAGGCGGGCAACACCCAGCCCCAUGCGGCGCCCCUGGAGAGCCUGGGCCGGGCCUCGGGCCUCCACGGCGACAGCCUGCCAGCGCUCCCCGGCCAACAGAGCUUGAAGGGCACCGGCAGCCACCCAGCCAUUGUGCCAAGCAAGACGGAGCCUGCGCAGGGGCUGGGGACCAGCCGCCAGGCCCGCCCCAAGCUCAGGGCUUCCUGGAGCAAAGCCACCCUGCCAAGGCAGCAGCACUGCCUGGAGGAGGAGGAGCUCCCAGAGCAGACGGGCCACGACCAUCUGGCCUCCCUGCCAUGGCUUGAUGGCAGAGCCGGGCAGGCAAACCCAGAGCUGACAGGCCUGGAGGGACUGGAGGCCAUCUCCAGCCAGCAGAAGGUGCUGGAGUGGCUCGAAGCCUAUUUCGACGCCAGCACUACCUACGCACUGCCUGCUCUGCCCUGGCAAGAGCCCUGGGCGCCGGCGCUGCAGGCAGGAGCUUGCCUCUUGCCCGAACAGCCCCUUGGCCACACGUCUCCUCCUGCCACGGCUGCUCACGGCCCGGCGCGACGCCAGCCACGCUCCCUGUUGGCCAGGCUGCUCGGGGCUGCACGCAGGCUGUUCCUUGGCAGCCGUGUCCCACCAGAGCGGGAGCAGCAGCACCGGGCUCACAGUGCCAGGCAGGUGCCUGGAGGUGACCCUGCUGAGCCUCAGCGGCGGCCGAGAGCGCGGCACAGGGAGGCACCCCGGCCGUGGCUGCGGGGACGGCGCCUCAGCCAUUGGGCUGCCCCAGGUGCACCCUGCCCAACUGGGCUCACCCGCUCAUUCCUGGGACCAGCCUAUGAGGCCCCGAAAGACACCUUAGGGCUUCCGCUGCUUCACAGCUUGAGCACAGUUUGCCCACAGUCAGUAGGCUAUAGAUAGAUUAGAUAGGUUAUAAGAUAG